UGUAAACAAACUGUUUGUGACAUGUUAUUAUAAUGGCUACCUCUAAAACUAGUUUACUUAUAAUAUUAGUAAUUUAUUUUGCAAAUUAUGUUGUUGGAAAUGUGAUAGUUGACACUAAAUCUGGUAAAGUAGAAGGAAAAGAAGUGAACUCAAUCAUUCCUGAUAAGAAAUAUUAUUCUUUUUUGAGUAUACCUUAUGCUCAAGCGCCAAUUGGUGAACUCCGAUUUAAGGCACCUGUCCCUCAUCCAGGUUGGAAUGAUGUUUUAGAAGCGAAAAAAGAAAAAAAACAUUGCGCUCAGCAUAAUUUACCCAUUAGACAAAUUAAAACAUAUGGAUUUUGUGGAGUUGAGGAUUGCUUACAUUUAAGUAUUCAUACUCCAAACCUACCGGAUAAUAAGGAUUCAAAACUACCUGUAAUUGUUUUCCUUUAUAAUGAAAAUUUCAAAGUAUCUUAUAAUGCAUCAAAAGAGUAUGGGCCUGAUUUUUUAAUGAACGAAGACGUUAUUCUUGUUACUAUAAAUCACAGAUUGGGGGCGUUAGGAUUUGUGUCAUUUGAAGAUGAACUUAUUCCAGGUAACAACGGUAUAAGGGAUAUUAUAUUGGCUUUAAAGUGGAUAAAAGAUAAUAUUAGUUAUUUUGCUGGAGAUCCUCUAAAAGUAACUCUUAUGGGCAAUACUGGUGGUGCAGCAAUAGUUGAUAUAUUAUUACACUCACCAAAAGCUAAAGGUUUAUUCAGUGGAGCAAUAAUGCAAGGCGAUUCGUCAUUUAAUCCGCUAUAUUUCGAUGAAAAUCCUAAGAAACGUGCCAUAUCUCUGACUGAAACGCUCGAGGAUAAAGCGACGACAAGCGCAUCUUUUAUUGAACGUCUAUCAGAAGUACCAGCUAUAAAAAUUACAGAUUCUGAAUUUUACGUUAUUCAUGCCGAUGAAGCUAGAGCUAUUCAAAGAGGUAUAUUACCAUUUGGCCCAGUAGCUGAAAUCGAGCAUGAUGAUGCUAUAAUUACUAAAAUACCAGAAAAAAAUCCCAUAGAAUUGCCUGUACCUGUAAUGAUUGGAUUUAACUCCAGACAAUCAAUGGAACUAAAUUCGCGUUAUCUGCAUAGCCCUCAAUACCUAACAUUCGCUGACAGAGAUUUUCUUAUUUUGUUUCCGAAGAGGGUUGGCUAUCAUUUUCAGAUUCACGAUGAGGUAUAUAAUAAAGCUAUAGAAGAAAUCAAAAAAUUUUAUUUUGAUGAAGGAUAUAUAAAAGUUAGUAAACCAGGAGAAUAUUUAAGCUAUAUAGGAGACAUCUUGAAUUUCUAUAAUAUCGAUUAUACUGUUCGAACAUAUACAAACACAUCUAGUACGCCUAUUUACUACUACAUGUUUGACUACAGCGGAGAAUUGAACUUCAGAAAAAGAAUGAUUUUGGAAGAUACUAUAAACUUCGAUGGAACGUGGGGAGCAUCGGUAGGGGACGAACUAUGUUAUUUAUUUGUAUGCAAUAAAUGGAGAAAACAGUAUAAGAAAUUAUUGGAAAACGAAGAUUCAGAAGAAAUAAAAGUAUUAAAAAACAUGGUCAAAAUGGUCACAGAUUUUGCUAAGACUGGCAAUCCAACUCCUCCAGGAAGUGAAUUCACUUGGAAGCCAGCUACGAAGGAAAAUAGGGAAUGUUUGGUCAUUUCCGACGAAUUAAAAAUUGUGUCGAAGCUAUACGAUGAUAAAAUCAAAUUCUGGGAUGAAUUUAUGGAAAAAUAUGAAAAAAUGGCAGUAGAUGGCGUUGUUAAAGAUGUUGUGAAAGAUGAAUUAUAAUUAAGAAAUACUAUUUUCUCAUUUAUCAAUAAAG